CAGAUGUUUGACGUUUGUAAUGGUGCCAAAUUAACAAAAAUCGAUGGCCGAGGCAAACCUAAUCAAAGAAGGGUUUUUAUGCCCCAUUUGCCACAAAGACCUACGCUCUCCGAAUAACCUCAUAGCCCAUUUCCAAGACUUACAUUCCGAAGAGCAGGACAUUCUCAAAUCCAUAAAAGAUUUGUACGGAAAGGCGAAAAAGAAGAUUCUAAAAUUAGAUGAACAAGACUUAGAAUUGUUCAAAAACGAGCUUACUUUGGAAAAACAUUACUUAGAAAUAAGCGAACCGCAAAACCCUGGUCAAAUCCGAAGCCACACAGAUUUUUUCAAAGCUGUCCGCAGAGAGCGUCUCGAUCAUCGCACGACUGAAACUAACAAACUGAUUAUUCGAUUGGAUAGGUUACUGAGGUUUUAUGGAUCCGACCGCAAACAGCAGGAGCAGGAACUUGUAGCUUGGUUGGAUGGGACGACCGUGACUAGGUGUCCGUCUUGUGCAGCUAGUUUUAAUAUAACGAGACGGCAGCACCAUUGUAGGUUAUGUGGGAGUAUUAUGUGCAACUCGUGUUCCUACUUUUUGCCCUAUGAGACAGCCCAAGCCAUCGUCGCACCCGUCCAUAACGUUGACGUUAACAACAGGGAGCAAGUUUCAGGGAAAGAAUCUGAUAGUUUACGCAUUUGCAAUCACUGCCUGGGCAUGCUGGAAUGUCGCAGACGGGUGCAAAUGGAGCAGAUGAGACAACCUCUCAUUUGUCAGUUAUAUAACCACUUACAAAAUCUGAAAUCUCAGACUCAGAGUUCUGUUGAUUUAUAUUUAAAAAUGUACAAUUCUCUUACGUCGGGUGAAACUACAUUCCAUUUACAGGAUACUCAGGCGUUACGGUCUACUAUUGCUAAAAAAGCCGAAUCUAUUGAUAUUUUGAGUAAAAAAAUUGCUUCUUUACCUAGUGAAGAAGAAACACCUAAGUUUGUACUGUUACAAAACAGCAUUAGGAGAGCUACUUCUAACUACAUUAAGGAGUAUUUGUUGACGUUACCAGCGCCCCCUUCUAUUCAAGAACUUGAGAAAAUUAAACGUGAACGUUCUCUGAGAAACGUUGAAGAAGAAAGUUAUUUAGCUGUGAGGACAAAUAUUAAAAAAGUGACUGUAACAACAGGGUGGUCACCUUCUACUGUGAACAAUGACAAUACUGAAGCUGAGGACCCGUUAAUUGAACAGAUGAAUAUUGUUAGGAAUUAUAUAGAACAAGCAAGAAAAGCACAAAGGUUUGAAGAAGUCGCCUCACUACAAGAAAAUUUAAAAAUGUUGAAGGAAACAUACAGACAACAACAACUGGUAAAAGACACUUGAAUGGAAUAAAAGGUGUUGACAAGUCACGCGUGGACAAAAAAGAAUGAAAGCGGGUAAAUUGAGGGUAUAUACACUUGGCUUCACAAUGCUUUUAAUGUUACAAUUCUAAAAUUCCUGUUAAGUUAAAUUAAGAAUUCAUAUAUUUUUUAUGAAAUGAGAUUUUUAUAAAACGAGAAAUAUUUUGUUAUUACGAAUUCCCACAAUAACUCAUUGUCACGUUAAUUAAUUUUAAGUACCAAAUAAUUUAAUUUCCAGCUAGUCACUCCAGUGUAGGUGUAAUCUAU